CUAAAAACCUAUUUUUUACCUUAAAAACAAUAUUUAUACAUUUAGAAGUUUGAUAAGCAUGAUAACUGACUAGAGCUUCAGGCUUAUAAAAGCUUCAUUAGAACGCUUCCAGGAAACUAACACCUGUUACAAUAUUUGGAACUUCAAACACAUUGCCCAUCGAAAAGAUUUCUUGCGUACUUAAGUUCCAAACACCAUGCCAAUCAUCUUCACUUUAAAAAAUCUCCUGGAAGACCAUUUCAUUCCCGAAGCAAAACUUAUGUUAAUCACCUUACUCAUAUGUCUUCUCUUAUUAGGUUUCUUCAUCACCAGAAGAACUUCACGUGUAGUUUACUUAUUAGAUUUCGCAUGCUACAAGCCUCCAGAUGCUCAGAAGAUCACAAAACAGUACUGCAUCGAGAAACUAAAGCACAUGGGAAAAUUUUCAGAAGAAACGGUGCAAUUCAUGAAGACGAUUCUAGACAAGUCGGGACAUGGUGACUCAACCUACAUCCCAGAAGUCUUCCUGAAAAACGAUUCUGAUCCAUGCAUGAAAGAAGCCAGAAGGGAAAUGGAGAUGUCUGUAUCUGGAUCAAUAGACAUGUUGUUGGCUAAAACAGGGGUACGAUGUGAAGACAUAGGGAUACUUGUUGUGAAUUGUAGUCUUUAUAACACUAUUCCAUCUCUUUCUAGCAUGAUAGUGAACAAAUAUAAGCUUAAAGAAAACAUCAUCAGCUACAAUGUUGUUGGGAUGGGAUGCACUGCAGGACUAAUUGCCAUCGGCCUUGCUCAGAACCUCCUUCAGGUGCAUCAUGAUUCCUAUGCGUUAGUGAUGACUACAGAGGGCGUUACUGAGAACUGCUACGUUGGAGACGAUCGUUCCAAGCUCCUUUCCAACGGCAUCUUCCGCGUCGGCGGCGCGGCGAUCCUCCUCUCAAACCGUCCCUCGGAUCAUCGCAAUAGCAAAUACAAACUACUACACACCGUACACACAAACAUAUCAAGUUCCGACCUUUCGUACAACUGCAUCUUUGAGGAAGAAGACGAAGCCGGGAUAAGAGGAGUCACCAUUAACAAAGACCUUUUCAAAGUCGCACCCACCGUCAUCCGAUCAAACGUAACCGUGCUCGGUAAGCAAAUACUUCCGUUAUCAGAAAAGCUCAGGUACCUGAAAAACAGCAUCGCAAGAAAACUCCGGCCAACGGCGAAUAUCCAACCUUACAUACCAAACUACAGCAAUUCCGUCGAACUAUUCCUCCCGCACAGCAGCGGGAAGCCUAUGCUAGACGCAUUACAGAAAAACCUAGGGUUUGAUGACAUCGCCAUGGAACCUUCUAGAAUGACGCUGUACAGGUUCGGCAACACCUCCAGCAGCUCCAUUUGGUACGAACUGGCGUACGCAGAGGCAAAGGGUCGGGUCAAAAAAGGGUAUCGGGUGUGGCAGCUUGCACUCGGAUCGGGUUUUAAAUGUAGCAGUGUGGUGUGGCGUGCAAUGAGGACCGUUGAUUAUGAUGAGAUGAAUCCUUGGACGGACGAGAUUGAUGGGUUUCCUGUCGUCUUGGAUUGUGAUUGUGAUGAUGGACCAUUACCCUAUUUUUCGAACACACUAAAUAACAAAAUAUAG